AUGCCAUCUGUCAGUUGGAAUGCAUCAAUUGCUCUGCGCCCCUGUUUUGCUGGGUGGGAUGCUGUGCUGCUGCAGAGGUAUGGCGAUGGGGCGCUUUUGGUGCGGGACGAGCGAAGGAGCAUUUAUGUGGCUCUGGUAUCUCAGGAACAUGAGGACCCUCGUCUGUUGGUGCCAGCCUGGGACUCGCACGACUUUGCAGUACGAGUGAACCAGGUGCUGUACGACGCUGGGCCACUCGAGAUUGGGGUUGGUGAUGAGCUGCAACUGGCUCAUGGAGGGGCGUGGAGCGACGAGGAUGAACUUUGCUUCCGCGUGGAGAAUGUCAACACGCUGGAAGAGUCGUCCGCCACGAGCGCGAAGGACUCAUCCUUCAAUGCAGCUACAGAAAAAACGGCACCACAACCUCCUGGUGUGAGUGGGAGUGAAAAUGCGUGGAGUGUCUUUGUGAGGCAUCGCUUGGAUAAGGUGGGCGAGGUCCUCUCAUGUCUGAGUCCAACGGUGUCUACUACUAUUUUGUCUCCAUCACCUGCGUGUGCCGGUGCUUCCACUGCUCACGCAACAUAA